CCGAGGCAGAGACGAAGAAACAAGAUGGCGGCCGGUAGCGAUCCGGAGCGGGACGCCGGCAAUUCGGAUUGAUCCCCCGGCCCUCGCAGUUCGGCGGCCCCCCUCCCCGGCCCGGAACCCUCGCAGGGGGGGGAGCUUCCCCGCAGCUGCCUGUCCGGACUCCGAGCGCCCUCCCCAGCCUUCCCUGCCCCUCCCUUCCCCCCUCAGCCAGCGCCCAGAGAUGCGGGGCCGGCGAGGCAGGCCGCCCAAGCAGCAGCAGCCUGCGGCGGCCAGCGCUCAGGCGAGCUCCCCGGCUCCGCCCGCCCCACCGGGCCCCAUUGGGGGGCUGAGGUCCCGGCAGCGGGGCAGCAGUCGGGGCAGGUGGGCGGCCUCGCCCAGGUGGAGGCGGUGGGGCCCAGGCCGAGGGGGGUCGGGGCUGCCCAGGCCUCUUCCUCCUCCACCGUCUCCCCCAGAGGGGGCAGCAAGAGGAAGGGGGGGCAGGGCUGCGGCUGGAGGAUCAGGGGGAGGAGGCGCAGGAGGCAGCUGCAGCAGCCAAGGGAGGGCUGCCUCGUCCAGGAGGAGCAUCAGCAAAGUGGUGUACGAUGAUCAUGAGAGCGAAGAGGAGGAGGAGAGCGUGGUGUCCGAAGAGGAAGAGGAGGGGGACCCCGAGGAUAACCAGGACUCCGAGGAGCAGGAGGAAGAGGAGAUCAUGGAGGAGGAGGAGGAGGACGACGACGACUCCGAUUACCCCGAGGAAAUGGAGGAUGAAGAUGAUGCCAGCUAUUGCACUGAGAGCAGCUUCAGGAGCCACAGCACCUACAGCAGCACCCCAGGUAGAAGAAGACAAAGAGUGCAUCGUCCACGUUCUCCAAUAUUGGAAGAAAAAGACAUACCACUCCUUGAGUUUCCUAAAUCCUCUGAGGACUUAAUGGUGCCUAAUGAGCAUAUAAUGAAUGUUAUUGCCAUCUAUGAGGUACUACGGAACUUUGGCACUGUUUUACGCCUGUCUCCUUUUCGUUUUGAGGACUUCUGUGCUGCUCUGGUAAGUCAAGAGCAAUGCACACUUAUGGCAGAGAUGCAUAUAGUGCUUUUAAAAGCAGUUUUGCGAGAAGAAGACACUUCAAAUACUACCUUUGGACCUGCUGACCUCAAAGAUAGCGUUAAUUCCACUUUGUAUUUCAUAGAUGGAAUGACGUGGCCAGAGGUUCUGCGGGUAUAUUGUGAGAGUGACAAGGAAUACCAUCAUGUUCUUCCUUAUCAAGAGGCAGAGGACUAUCCUUAUGGACCAGUAGAGAGUAAAAUCAAAGUUCUACAGUUCUUAGUAGAUCAAUUUCUUACAACAAACAUUGCACGUGAGGAGCUAAUGUCUGAAGGUGUUAUCCAGUAUGAUGAUCACUGUAGGGUUUGUCACAAACUGGGGGAUUUGCUUUGCUGUGAAACUUGCUCAGCUGUGUACCAUUUAGAGUGUGUGAAACCACCUCUUGAAGAGGUACCAGAGGACGAAUGGCAGUGUGAGGUCUGUGUAGCGCAUAAGGUGCCUGGUGUAACUGACUGUGUUGCUGAAAUCCAAAAAAAUAAACCAUACAUUCGACAUGAACCCAUUGGAUACGACAGAAACAGACGGAAAUAUUGGUUCCUGAACAGAAGACUUAUUAUAGAGGAAGAUUCAGACAAUGAGAAGGAUAAGAAACUCUGGUACUAUAGCACAAAGGUCCAGCUGGCACAGUUAACUGAAUGCCUAGACAAAGAUUACUGGGAAGCUGAUCUUUGCAAAACUCUUGAAGAAAUGUGCCAAGAAAUUCAUCGGCAUAUGGAUAUCACAGAAGACCUUACUAACAAAGCGCGGGGCAACAACAAAUCUUUCCUUGCUGCAGCAAAUGAUGAAAUAUUGGACGCUAUUAGAAUAAAAAAAGGAGAAAUAGUGGAGGAUAAAAGUCAAGCAGCUGAGGAAACAGAUAAGGACAAAAAUGAUGUUGAAAAUAAUGACCAAACAGAUACUGAAAAAAGCAAGGAAGAACCUGCAGACCAACUACAGGAAAAAAAUGAAGAAACACCACCUGAACAAGAUUCAGAAAACGGAAAAACAGAAGAGCCAACAGACGUUGGGGAUAAAAGUAACUCUGUGGCAUCAAGCACAGACGGCAGCACCACAUAUCCUUCUGCAGGAGAAACUAGUUCCUCUGAAGGGAAGAACGCAAUGGGGUGUCAGUCAGAAACCUUUGAUAGCAACAAUGUGGCAGAGAAGAAGUUGGCAUCAGAGCUCCCCGAGGAUCUCUCAGAAGAAACUGGUCAGAUGACCCCCAGUAUCAGUCCUAGUGCAUCAGCUGCACCACUCCAGUCUGUCGAAAACAGCAAUAGCAGCGAGGUAAAUUCUAUGCAGAAUGACUCUAUUAAGACAUCUGAUGAUGCUGAAAAUGCAGAAGGAGGAUCGCAGACCUCAGAAGAAAUAGGGGAGAAAUCCAAUGGUGAAAGAAGUGAUUCUCCAUGCACAGGGAAAGGCACAUCAGGCUCGACACGAAUGCUUACCCGAUUACGAAAUCCAGAUAGCAAGCUGAGCCAGAUGAAAAGCCAGCAGGUUGCUGCAGCAGCACACGAAGCAAAUAAAUUAUUUAAAGAAGGCAGAGAGGUUCUGGUGGUUAACUCCCAAGGGGAAAUCUCCAGAUUGAACACCAGGAAAGAAAUUGUGAUGAAAGGAAACAUCAGUAAUUAUUUCAAGUUAGGUCAAGAGGGCAAGUAUCGUGUCUAUCACAACCAGUAUGCCACCAACUCAUUUGCAUUGAACAAACACCAGCACAGAGAAGACCAUGACAAGAGACGGCACCUUGCACAUAAAUUCUGUCUGACCCCUGCUGGAGAAUUCAAAUGGAAUGGGUCUGUACAUGGGUCCAAGGUUCUUACCAUAUCUACUCUGAGGCUAACUAUCAUUCAGCUAGAGAGCAACAUCCCUGCAUCAUUCCUUCACCCCAACUGGGCCUCCCACAGGUCUAACUGGAUUAAGGCUGUUCAAAUGUGUAGUAAACCUAGAGAAUUUGCACUGGCUUUGGCUAUAUUGGAGUGUGCAAUUAAACCAGUUGUUAUGCUGCCAAUUUGGCGGGAGUCCUUGGGACACACUAGAUUACACAGAAUGACAGCUAUUGAAAGAGAAGAAAAGGAGAAGGUGAAAAAAAAAGAGAGGAAACAAGAGGAGGAAGAAACAAUGCAACAGGCUACAUGGGUGAAAUAUACUUUUCCUAUCAAACAUCAGGUUUGGAAACAAAAAGGAGAGGAAUAUAGAGUAACAGGAUAUGGUGGUUGGAGCUGGAUUAGUAAAACACAUGUUCAUAGAUUUGUGCCUAAAUUACCUGGAAAUACUAAUGUCAAUUACAGAAAAGUGCUACCAAGAAAGAAUGAUGUUACCACUGAAAAUGAGUGUGAAUUGGAUAAAAGAAAAAGUCCAGCAAAAGUAAAAAUAGAGACUGAUUCUUUUAAAGAAAGAAAAAAAGAUUCUCAUGAUCCACAAGAAAAGAACCAAAAGGAAAUAGAAAUUUCUGAAACCUUGGAGAGAGUCCAAGUAAAGGAAGAAAAAAAAAUGAGUGAAGAAAAGGUGGAAAUUGAUACGAAUUCUGAAAACUUAGAUCAUGCAAAAGCUGAAGUGGAAAGAGAAGUUGAUUGUGAAAAUAGAGCCAUCAAGGAAGAACCCAUGGAGAUAGAUAAUGUAAAAAUUGAAUCCCCCACAAAAAAUGAGGAUAUUCACUCUAAAGCAGAUUUAAUCAAUGUCAGCGAGGGGUUUCACUUAUGGACUUGCUACAAAAGAAAAGUAAAAACAUCAAAAUUAGAUGGACUACUUGAAAGGAGAGUAAAACAGUUUACGCUGGAAGAAAAACAGCGCCUAGAAAGGAUGAAGCUGGAGGCUAGUUCUAAAUCUGUAGGCAGUAGAUCUGCGAGUCCACAGAAAAACAUAGAUGAGCUACAAACAACUAAAGCAAAAGAAGGAAGCCAGAUUCACAUGUUUUCCCAAGACAGAUCCCAUAUUUCAGGUAAGAUCCAAACUGAAGAUUCAGUACAGGACUGCUUGCCAACCAGCAGUACACCUUGUACCAAAACCAGUGAACCAGACCAGCCUUCUUUGCCUUCCAUAGACAGACUGUCACAAAGAGAAGGCCAAGUACUGGAUGAUGCCUCUGAAAUUCAAAGUUCAGUUCAGAACAUCACCAAAGAAGGUGAUUCUGAACCAAUCGCUGCUGAUAAUAGUCCAGGACAAGAGGUUCUUAAAAAAAGAGAGAAUGAGAGUCCCUUCAUGGAUUACAUAAAACAAACACACAGAGAAGAUAUAAGCAAGAGUGGCACCUUAAACAAUGAAAAAUCUUCAGAACAAAAAAUAUUUAAUACCGCAGUGUCUCAGAGUGAAUGUGAAAACCCAUUACAGCCAGUGGUAACUGAAAGCAGCUAUGAAACAGAUGUUCAGCCCAUUGCUGAAAAAGCAACCUCAGAAGAAAAAACUGAAAAACAGGUCUGUGACCCAGAAAAUAAUUGCACACUGGAAAGCCUUUCUGAACCAGUGUCUCCACAAGAAAACGAUGAGAGAAAAGAUAUUGCUCAGAAAAACACUGAUGUUAAAACAGAAAACAAGAUUUUAUCUGGUCAGAAACAAUCAUUAAAAAACGAGCUACCUUUAGAAAAAACAUAUGAAAGCCAAACUCCUGAACAUAUGGGUGGAGUAAAUGUUAGUGGUGAUUUAUUGAAUUCUAAAGUCACUGAAGCCAAUGGUGAAAAGCAAGGUGAGGAACAGAAAAUGGAAGCAAGUACCAUAAACAAAUGUCUUGAUCAGCUGAAUCUAAAAAGUAUCACUGACAAAAAGAACAAUAAACAUGGAGAAAUAGAGACUAAAGUGGAGAGAGAGAAAUCGGUGGCAUUUCAAAUUAAUGGAAAAGACAGUGACAUUAAAGUAUUGUCAAAUGAAGACUGUUUAAUGAAAGAUACCUGUGAUACUAAGGCAGGGAGUGAUAUUGAACCUAAAGUCAAUAAUAUUAGUAAAUCCAUUCCUGAACAUGAAAUAAAACAAUUGACUAUUAAAGAAUCCUCUGUAAAACCAUUCAUGAAUGGUGAUAUCACUAUGGAGGACACAGAUUUAAAAAAUAACUUGGAUACUAAAUCAUGUUUACAAAGUUCUGCAGACAUUGGUGGUGAAUCUGGAGAGUAUCCUCUGCUUCCAGAUAAAAUGUCUAAAUGUGUGCAAAAUAUUGGAGAAAAGCAGCGUUCUCCUGAAAGAUCCAGCUUUGUUGAUAGUGCUUCUACACAAGCACAGCUUUCCUGUAAAGAAAAUAAUGUGAUUAGUGAAAUAGAGUCCAUGGAAACAGAAGCCAUUGAGGGUAAGGAAGUUCCACCCUCACCAGUAACUUCUUGUGAGGAAUCUAGCUUGAGUAGUGACUUUACUGAUCAGAAUGGCCUGCAGAUGUAUAAUAAAGUUGAAAAUGUCAAUGGAGAAAAUAAAACAAAAAAUAAAACUGUUAUUACAGAAGUGACCACCACAACAUCAACUGUUUCCACAGAAUCGAAAACUGUGUUUAAAGUAGCAGAGUUGUCAGCCUUCAAGGAUGAUAAACAAACUAUGGUGUCAUCUACAGAAAAUUGUGCCAUUUCCACUGUAACUACCACCACCACUGUCACUAAGCUUACCGCACCUGCUGCAGACAGCAAUGUUGAUGUCAUCUCUGUACAGGAGCACAGUAAAACUGUGAUUACCACAAUAGUAACUGAUUCAUUAACUAUUCCAGGAGGCACAUUGGUGACUUCCAUGACUGUGAGCAAAGAAUAUUCCACAAGGGACAAAGUGAAGUUAAUGAAAUUUUCGAGACCCAAGAAGACUCGUUCUGGAACAGCUUUGCCAUCUUACAGAAAAUUUGUUACCAAAAGCAGUAAAAAGAGCAUAUUUGUUUUACCCAAUGAUGAUUUAAAAAAGUUGGCCAGAAGAGGAGGGAUCAGAGAGGUUCCCUAUUUCAACUACAAUGCAAAACCUGCCAUGGAUAUUUGGCCGUAUCCAUCCCCAAGACCAACUUUUGGUAUCACUUGGAGAUAUCGACUUCAAACUGUGAAAUCAUUGGCUGGGGUGAGCCUUAUGUUGCGGUUACUCUGGGCAUGUUUAAGGUGGGAUGAUAUGGCUGCAAAACCCCCACCUGGAGGAGGAACUACACGCACAGAUACAUCUGAAACUGAAAUUACAACAACUGAAAUAAUCAAACGGAGAGAUGUUGGUCCUUAUGGUAUUCGUUCAGAGUACUGUAUAAGAAAAAUCAUUUGCCCUAUUGGUGUACCAGAGGCUCCAAAAGAAACUCCUACACCUCAGAGGAAAGGCCUUCGAUCAAGUGCACUGAGGCCAAAGAGGCCAGAAACACCCAAGCAGACAGGCCCUGUUAUCAUUGAAAGUUGGGUAGCAGAGGAGGAAUUGGAAUUAUGGGAGAUCAGGGCAUUUGCUGAAAGGGUGGAGAAAGAAAAGGCACAGGCAGUUGAGCAGCAGGCUAAGAAGCGACUGGAACAACAGAAGCAAUUACCUACAACAGCCACUUCGGUCACUACAGCAAGCACUACUGCAACCACCGCCUCCACUCCACAGAAGGUCGUGGUAGGCCCAUUAACAGGCCCAGUUCCUACUGGAACCAAAGUAGUGCUUACUACUAAAGUGGGCUCUCCAGCUACAGUAACAUUCCAGCAGAACAAGAACUUCCAUCAGACUUUCGCUACGUGGGUUAAACAAGGCCAGUCCUCAGCAGCUACCAGCACAGCUGCUACAUCAGCUACAACCAUUGCCAGCACAGGUCAGACGUUCCAGAUUGCAGGCAGUCCAGUAACUAUGGCAGGCAAAGUGAUAACCAAGUUGCCACUUCCGGCAAACAGCAAGAUUGUUGCCGUCAAUGUGCCAUCAACCCAAGGAGGUGUUGUUCAAGUUCAGCAAAAAGUGUUGGGUAUCAUUCCAUCAACUACAGGUGCAAAUCAACAAACAUUUACUUCAUUCCAGCCACGGACAGCAACUGUAACUAUUAGGCCAAAUACCACAGGGACUCUAGGUACAACAUGUACUUCACAAAUAAUGCCAGGAACACCACUCCGCCCAGGUAUGACAGUAAUACGGACACCACUUCAGCCAUCAACAUUAGGGAAGGCUAUUAUUCGAACACCUGUAGUGGUGCAGCAAGGUCAGACUCAGCAGGUGGUGACUCAGAUAAUUAGAGGUCAGCCUGUGUCAACUGCAGUGUCUAGUGCUAGCACAACAACUUCAAGUCCUGGACAAAAGGUAGCAACAGCUCCAGGAACACCUCCACAGAAUAUACAACCACAAACCACAACUCCGCAACCCACUCGUCCCCAGCAAGGGCAGGUGAAACUUACGAUGGCCCAACUCACGCAGCUAACUCAAGGACAGGGUGGCAGUCAGGGGUUGACUGUGGUAAUUCAGGGACAGGGUCAAACUACUGGCCAGUUACAGUUGAUACCUCAGGGUGUGACUGUAAUACCAGGUCCAGGACAACAGCUAAUGCAAGCGGCCAUGCCGAAUGGUACAAUUCAAAGAUUCCUUUUCACUCCAUUAUCAUCAUCCGCUACAACAGCUAGCACGACUACUACGACAGUUUCCACUUCGACAUCAGCUACGGGAGAACAGAAACAAGCCUCAGAAACACAGACACAACCAGUGCUGCCACCAAUUCAGCCCCACACUCACAGUCAAUUGCAAGCUCAGCCACACGUGCAAACCCCAAGUAUUCAGCCUCAGCCCCCAGCCCAGCCACAGACUACUCAGCCCUCACUUCAGCCUGAAGAUCAGACACAGCCUGAAUCUCAGUCUCCAACAUCAGCUCAGUCUCCAGUCAAAUCUGAAGCACAAACUGUCAUGGCACAAUCAACUAAAACUCCAGUCACAGUUCAGUCUCCACCACAGACCCAGGUUCAAGGGCUGCCUCAAAAUCAAAUCCAAAAUCAACCACAGACUGUCAUCCAUCCACAAGCUCAGUCCCAAGUCCAGGCUCUGCAGCAAGCCCAGGUGCAGACCACAACCCAGCAACAGAUACAAAUGCAACCCCAAGCUUCUAUACAAAUACAAGCUCAACUGCAGCAGCAGUCGCAACCCCAGAUUCAGACUUCCCUUCAGACUCUUCCAGCUGCACAAAAUUUAAAUCAAGUUACUGUACAAUCUCCACCUCGCCCUCAGCUGCAGAUCCAGCAGCCUACAACAAAAGUUAUUACUGUACCUCAGCUUCAGCAGCAAGUCCAAGUUCUCUCCCAACUUCAGUCUCAUGUUGUAGCUCAGAUACAGGCCCAGCAGGGUGGUGUGGCCCAGCAGAUUAAGCUUCAGUUACCUAUUCAGAUUCAACAAGCCAGCCCAGUGCAGGCUCACCAGAUUCAGAAUGUGGUAACAGUUCAAGCAGCUAGUGUUCAAGAGCAGCUGCAAAGGGUUCAGCAGCUCAGGGAGCAACAGCAAAAGAAAAAGCAGCAACAGAUAGAAAUUAAACGUGAACACACUCUUCAGGCUUCUAAUCAAAGUGACAUUAUCCAAAAACAGGUGGUGAUGAAACACAAUGCUGUAAUAGAACACUUGAAACAGAAAAAGACACUGACCCCGGCUGAACGAGAAGAAAAUCAGAGAAUGAUAGUGUGUAAUCAGGUGAUGAAGUAUAUUUUGGAUAAGAUAGAUAAAGAAGAAAAACAGGCAGCUAAGAAACGGAAGCGAGAAGAGAGUGUGGAACAGAAGCGUAGUAAACAGAAUGCUACCAAGCUCUCAGCUCUGCUUUUCAAACAUAAAGAACAACUUAAAGCUGAAAUACUGAAAAAAAGAGCACUUCUGGACAAAGAUCUACAAAUCGAAGUGCAGGAAGAGCUAAAGAAAGACUUGACUAAAAUUAAGAAAGAAAAAGAAAAAGCACAGGCAGCAGCUGCCGCCGCAGCAGCAACUCCACCUCCACCUCCUCCUCCACCACCACCACCGCCACCAUCACAGCAUGCCACCAGCGUCACAUCUGCCACCACAGUCCCAGCACCAGUAUCUUCCCAGAAGAGAAAACGAGAGGAGGAGAAAGAUUCUUCAGCUUCCAAGUCCAAGAAAAAGAAAAUGAUUUCUACUACCUCAAAGGAAACCAAGAAGGACACAAAGCUUUAUUGCAUCUGUAAAACACCUUAUGAUGAAUCAAAAUUUUACAUUGGCUGUGACCGAUGUCAGAACUGGUAUCACGGGCGCUGUGUUGGUAUUUUGCAGAGUGAGGCAGAUCUCAUUGAUGAGUAUGUCUGUCCACAGUGUCAGUCUACAGAAGAUGCCAUGACAGUACUCAGUCCACUGACUGAUAAAGAUUAUGAGGGAUUACGAAGAGUACUACGUUCCUUACAGGCUCACAAGAUGGCAUGGCCAUUCCUAGAACCAGUAGAUCCCAAUGAUGCACCAGAUUAUUAUGGUGUUAUCAAAGAGCCUAUGGACCUUGCUACCAUGGAAGAAAGAAUCCUGAAACGUUACUACAAAAAGGUGACAGAGUUUGUGGCAGAUAUGACCAAAAUUUUUGAUAACUGUCGUUACUACAAUCCAAGUGACUCCCCUUUUUACCAAUGUGCAGAGGUUCUUGAAUCAUUCUUUGUACAGAAACUAAAAGGAUUCAAGGCGAGCAGGUCUCAUAACAACAAACUGCAGUCUACAGCUUCUUAGAGUUCAGCGUGUUAACCUAACACACACACAGCAAGAAUCUGGUUGUCUGAAAAUUUUUAAUUAAGAAGCCAGAUGGUUUUUAGUCAGCUUAUCCUGACAAGACUUGAUGUAAACUGUGUUUUUAUUGGUCACAGCAGUCAAAUUAUAUUCUUGGCUUAUUUUGUCCAAAGGACAAAGGAAUAAAAAUCAGCAGCACCACUUUCUUGUCAAGAUCAAAUUGUUGUACUAUUGUGGCAGAAGUGCGAAACCUUUGUUUUGUUGGCGAGAGAGAGAGAGAGCAAGCAAGCAAGAAAAAAGACACAGUAAAUGGAGUCAAGUUUAACUCCAUGGAAAUGCCACAUCUGUUCUUCAGUGAAGAAGCUGGUUUAAAGUCCACACAGAAAACUUUGACUGUAUUUAUUUAUUGUUGCAAAAAAGGACGCUUUUUUAUUGCUGCCCUCAUUUGUCAGCUAAUUAUUUUUUCUUAUAAAAUCCGGCCCCGGUUACAUGUAAUCCAUUCUGUAUCUUAACAUGAUUCCUGUAGGUAAAAGUACAAGAAGACCUCUAGAUGUCUUUUCUUUCUAUGAAAGGAGCUGCUAUGUACACAUGUGCACACACAAAAAAACUGGGAAUCAACAAUGAGUUUAUCAUUCGUGGUAAAGAAAAACGAUUAAGCUUGCAUAAAAGUUGGGCUAAGUGGUCACAGACUACAGACUCUGUUGCCUUGAAUAUAACAGUACAAUUUGUCAUUUACUCUGCACCAGACUGAAAUGAGUAAAAUCUAUUUGAAGGCAUCUUGUUUGUAAACAUUUGUCAGAUUCUAAUUUUUUUCUUUUUGUAUUAAAAUUCAAAACAUGGAUGUAUAAUGAAACAAAAUAAAUGGAGAUAAUUUUUCUCCCCACAGAUGUAGCUGUCUUUGAAUGUGCGCUAAUAUGUUUGUAAAGUUUUUGAGGAGGGGGGGGUCUGUUUGGAAUUGGAAGUAUCCCAACCAGUAGGGGAGGAAAAGGUAAGAAAGGUAGAAAGGGAAAGCGUUUUUCUUUUCAUUAAGCAACUACUAUCCCUUUAAAAAACAAUUCUACUGUGGUGCCAUAAUUGCUGCAUCAGAUAAUUAAAGGCAGUAUUGAGAAAUUUCGUUGCCCACUUCUGAAUUAGAAAGAAGGCAAAAUACCCUCCAGGAAUGAAGUCCCACAUGUUUGUAAUUAUAUCUGUGAAGGGCAUUCUCAGUGGUUUUGUCUCUCCCUAUACAAGGAAAGCUGGCAUGAGAGAGAAAUGGAAGCCAACAGAGGGAGAUGUGACUUGCAGACUUUUUUUUCUUCUCCUCUCUCUGAUCUAUCACUUGCAUAUUGCUUAUGUAACUGACUUUGUCCUAUUAACUGCCUCCAGUAAAUCAGCCAAGGCUGGUUUAUGCAGCUCUACAACCAUUUUGCUAGAUUUUGCACUAAUUCACAAUUAGCUUUGUCCUACAGUGAUCUGGGAUUUACCUGGUUUAUGGAUAAACUUCCCUUGGGUUUAACCACACCCUGCUAUGCAAGAACCUUUCCUGUUAAUUUCUUAGAAAUAAGACAUUGCUACUGACCACAGUUUUCUUACAAUUACAUGCUCAGGUGUACAGGUUCUUCUGGGUUAAUUUUAUCUAAUGAAACCCAUACAUUUUUGUACAGAUACUGUCAUUUAACCUAUAUGUGAAAACUAAAAAUGAUUUGUUCAAUGUGAAAACAAAAUCAGUUUAUGCUUCUUAAAAAUAUUAUGAGAAGAGUAGUUGCAUUUAGGUUAUGUUGUCCUUUGACUUCUUAAAAGAAAUGCUACAUAUUGUAUGCAUUGUGUUUAAUGCAAGAAGGAAAAUUCUCAAUUUAAUGAGUUCUGAAAAUAUUCUGCAUCUCUUCCCAACUUCAUAGUAUUUCUGUACUAUUUAUUCAUAUAUAAAUAUAUAUGAUGUCAUUUGGAACUUAAUGCGAAAAGAACUUUCUUACCUGUAGCCAAUAGAUUGCUAUGUUUUUAACAGUUGUGGCAAACUGAAAAGUACUUUUUUUGUACGUAAUAGGACAUUUCAUCCUAGACAAAUAAAGUCAUGUGUUUGACAUCCGAUUUGGUUGCGUUUCUAAUGAAACAUUGGUUGAUUAUGUAGCUCUUGGCAUUGCCAAAUUUUAUAUAACUUAAGAAUUUUUAAUACAGAUUAUUAUCUUGCUAGGGAAAUGUUAACCUCAUAUAGACAUUUUCACAUUCUUGACAUCUUUUCAGUUUUUCUGUUGCCAGCUAACAUGGAGACAUUUUCUAGCUUUGAGUAUCAAAUUUUGUGGUUUUGUCUUUUUUUUAAGUGAUAUAUUAAAAAAUAGAGAUACCAUAUCUGCAAUACCAGUAUCAUUCCUGUACAUGUAUUUCGAAAAUCAUACUUAAAACUGGUUCUUAAAAGCAUGAGAAUUCAUAAUACUUGAGACCUGCUACAUUGCUCCAGUGUCCUGUUUCUAUGUAUUAUUACCAUGUAAAUUCCAAAGUGUCUGUUACUGAAUUAUGUUUUAACUUAGAUUUUUGGUGACACAAACUAAACCAAGCUGAGGUUUGUUUCUCUUUAUGCUGUGUCAUCAGAGGUCCUCAGAUAAACUCUAGCAGAUGUAAUUAGUCCUUGUGUAGAAUUUAGUUCAAAAGCUUUUAAAUCCUCAUAAAAGGUGUUCAUAACAGAUCUGGGUAAAUCACUGGAGAGACUGCAGUGUCUUAUGUGCUCAGUGUAUCAGUGGAUUGGCUGCAAAAUAUUCAUGUUUGUCCUGCUGAAAAAAACACCAGGAGUUAACUUUCUUCUAAAGUAAGACAUCCUGUAAAAUAUUCUGUUAGAAAUGUUGAGGGACAAAUACACUCUAAAGGGACACUGUCAUCUACUUACUUUUAAAAUCUUUUGGCUUUUCAUUGUUUGUAAUAAAACAUACUAGAAGUUUUGAGAAUAAAAAUCCCUGCCAGAUUUGUCCUUUUUGUUGUCUAAACUUGUAUCUGUUUAGCAAUGCAUGUGGCUAUAUUUGCUUGCUUCUGUCUGUACAUUAGCAUCGUUGCUGAUGUACUAUUGCACGUUGGUGCCCAUGUCCUGUUAAGGCCUGCUUGACAUUGGCCUUUUCGCUGGUGCUUGUUGGAAUGUUUUUUUUUUUUAGGGACUUUUAGAAUUGGGAGGAUAUUUCCAGAGUUAACAAUUUACAACUUAAGUUUGACAGUGUCCCUUUAAUGAAGAUAGAUGUGUAGCCUGAUAUGUGCACCUCAUCUGCUAUCCCAACACCACACAAAAUAACCUGAAAGUGAAAUGUAAACUGCCUUUUAAUGAUGAAAUCAUUAAAAUCUGAGUAAAGCAAAAUUGACUCAGUAUGAAAAGCUAGCUGUAUUAUAGACUAGUUUUCUAUGGAACAUGUACCUUACUGUACAUUUAAUACAUUUUUGAUAUGCUUAGUAAUCUGCCCCAUACUGGCUAAUGACUGCAAGACUGCUAAUGUAAUUGAGUAUGAAAUGUUUUGAUCUUUAAAGAAAUUCUCACUUUUUCUUUCUACUCCUUUGCUGCAUUAGUAAUCUAUUGUAAUUCAGAAGUUUCUUUGCCACCUCACCUCUUGAGCUUGUAAGGCAAGUAUUAUAAAUAAUGCCCCCCCCUUUUUUUUUCCAAAAUCAGGUACAGCUUUUAAAAUAGUGUGAUCUUGUUCAGUGAGAGAGUCUGGAAGAGCAAUCCAAAUGAUUUAGAAACAUCUUUCUACAGUAUAACACAUCUACAUAUAUUUUUAAAUACCACCAAUUAAAACAUAUGCUGGGUUUACCAAAAAGUGAAAACAAUGAAUAGUUAAAUGUUUAAGUAAUAGACAUUCAUUGAUAAAUAUUGGACUGCUACCUCUUAACUUAUUAUAUGACACAAUAACUACUUCACCUCUUCCAGAAGGAAGGUAACAUUUUGUGAUGUGAAAGGAAAAAUAAAGCAUCUUGCUGCUUUUUCCUCUUUCAGUAACGUCAUGAUGUCCUAGUCCCUGUGUAGCCCAAUGAAAAAAUAGAUAACACACCAAAUAAGAGUUGGGCCCAAAUAAAAUGUUGUGUAAUUCAACUUUACCUAAUAAAGACUUUAUCUGUUUCCUUA